AACAAAAACUCUUAAAAAUCUGUUUAACCUUAAGUUUAUUUCAUUUUUCUUCGUGUCAUUACUACUAUUAGACGACUUACUCUUAUCAUUAUUAUUGUAGUAGUAGUAGUAGUAGUAGUAGUAGUAGUAGUAGUAGUAGUAUUUGCUAGUUAAGUCUGAUUUUAUUGUAUUGUAGACAUUAUUAUCACAUGGAUCUAAAUCUCUUUUGGUGUCACCUGUGAAUCUGAUUCUUCUUUUAUGCAUCGAGGGUAAAUUCUCUCUCGUCAUGUGAGUUUGUGGCCAGCGGAGAACUGCUAUGAAUAAAUAAUGUUUUUGUGUGGAGUGAAAUGAGACAAGUGCCGUUGUCUUCAGGAAUAAUAAAAAAAAAACAAAACAAAACAAAACAACAGAAAACAAUGUGGAGAUUAUUUUUCUAAACACUUAAUUUAUAAAGAAAUGUCUGAUCUGUGGUCGGUUUUUACUUGUUUGUGGAUAGUCUUCGUAGGGCUGGCGGCGUUAGUGUCGUGGCUCAUAUUAAAACAGUAAUUUAGGCGAAAUAAAAACAACAACAACGCAUUUCAAUUUAGCCACGAAAAAUCCAAAUUUUCACCCCACGAAUGCAACUUUACGCACUAACAAGACCGAAAUACUAUUGUAUGCAGCAAAAAUACUCAUUUGCACAGCAAAACUACAAAUGUAGGCACCCUAAAUAUUUACGCACGUAAAAUACAAAGUUACGCACCAAAAAGACUAAAUUUCGCUCCAUAUUUUAAGGACAAACAUAGGAAAUUUGUUAUUUCCUCCAGAUUUCCUUCCACGCAUCUAAUAAAAUUAUCUCUUUUGCAUAUUCUUACUUAUAUUUGCUUUAAUGAGUGCUUCGGGUUUAAACCUCCCCACAUUUCUGACAGCUCCCUGCUCCAAUAAGACGGUGAGUGUUUCUGGGCCACCACACAAGAAUAAAGCCAAAAGUAUUUCUCACGCAAACUAAAACUAAACUGAGUCGUAUUUAGUCGCGCAGGUGCGAUCUUAAUAAAUAAAUAAAUAAAUAAAAAAAACAUCGGGUGAUUUUUCCUGAAGAGUCUGGCCUCGUCUCAUCUGUUUUUGGUGAUUCUCUCUCUUCUUCUUCACCACAGAGCCGCGCUGUUUGCACAGAUGAUGCCGCUGUUUUUUUCAGCCGCACAUUUAACAAGGUGACAAACAGGCGUCUGAAAAAAAGAUGGCAAAUGUGGACACAUGGCACGACCUGUGAAACAUGUCAGGGAAGAUCAGACGAAUCCCUCAGAAACAGCUCUGAAAGCACGAAAGUUAAAAGUGAGAUUCCUCUUCACAUGUGCAGUAAUUCCUCUGAAGCCCCCAGUUUGCAGAUUUAAAUCCUAAAAACUGAAUAUUCUUAUUUAUUAAUGUUUCAUUUUGCUUGAUCCAAACCAGGCGCAUUCUUCUCUAAACGAUUCCGCUGACUUCUUGAAUUUGAAAUGAGUUUUGUGCCGGAGGGUCAGCUCUGCGUAAAAUCACAGGAUCACUUUCUAUAAAUCGCUCUGGUUCCCGCAUGUGAAGUAAAUAAAAGCGGCUUAUUUCUGCUGGAGGGAGGGAGGGGGGUGUUCAGUGGGACAGAGAGGCCUGUACCUGUGUCUCCAAUGUACCUGGUGCACAUUACUCUCCAAUCAUUCUCGUGUUUUACGCGGCGCGAUCAAUAAUUCAGUCCAGUCCUCUGAAUUUGUUUCCAUCGGGGUUUAUUUCGGGGAUCAAUGUUUCGUUCUACUUCGCUGCUCCGCGGAGCUUUUCACGCUUGUUUGGCCUCGUUCCUGGACUCCCCAGCUACAACCAAGAAGUGGAAAACAGACAGAGGGAAGAAGUGGAGCCGGUGAGUGAUGCAGCGGAGAGCAGUGGUUCCCCUGCCGGGCUUCAAUAAUUCAGAUCUUCUCCUGAUGCAGCCGAGAGUCUUUCGCGAGGAGGUGAAAUAAUGCAGUGAUAGUUGGCGGAACGUUUCUCUGAAUAAAUGCAACGCUCCCCCAUCCUCUCUCCAGGAUAAAAUAAAUAAAUAAAAAAUAAAACUCAAUUUAAGUAAAACAUAAAUUGAUUUAAAUAUUCAGACAAAGGCAGAGAAAGGAAACAUUUAUUUAUCCUGAUAUUUCACUCACAUCUGCAGCCCGGACUUGUUUGGUGAAUCAUUUAACUUAAACAAAUCCAAAAUAAAUUCACUGAAUUGAAAAGAAAUGGAAAGUGUAGUAGUGACAAAGUUAAUCUCCAAAAAUAAUACCAUGUUAUAAAUUAAACAAAUCUAAAGGAGCUUAAAGGAAAACGUUCCUGCGUAAAAAAAAAAAAAAAAAUCCAUCUCCUUCGGGUCUAACAGGCCCGUAAAGCUCUAUAUGGAUUUUAACACAUUUUCAUCCUGGAAUGAGCUCUUCGCGAUCUAAAUUUAAAAAAAAAAAAAAAAAAAAAAAAAAAAAAAAAACUCCAGGACCUCAGCGGCCUCUGUGUUCAUUUUAGCGAACCGUUUUUUAAAAAGCUCCAAGUUAUCACAGUUUAUAACCCUCCACCCCCCUCCACACACACCCUCCCACACCACACGGACACCAUCAUCAGCGUAAUUGUCUCAGUUAAUAAUAUUGACGAAUGAGCAGUGAGGAGGGGAGGACUGAAUCUCUGGUUCUUCUUCUUCGUCUUCUUCUUCUUGUCUGAGCCGCUGAGCUGCAGGUGACACCGAGACGAGGCCUUGUUUUAUCAGAGGAGUGAGUGCACGGCCGGAGUUACCGAGGAUCCACGUCCCCCAGUGUAGAGACUUAAAUGUGAAGAUUUGAGGUGAUUUCAGGGCAUUUUUUAGUUUUGUGCUAAUGUGCAAAAAUAUAUAUACAACUAAACAUCUGGACCAAGGGGGAACAAGAACUCUCAGGCCCGUGCGCGCCGUCCUGUUCCACCUUUUUAAUUUGUGCAGGCAGAGGGAAGCUACUUCUCACCGGUGCCAGCCGCGGUUCCUCUUGGACGCUUUUUACGCGCAGUGCUGGAAAAAUAAAAAUAACCUAUGGCUUCAUUUGCGUUUUUAAAAUGUGCAUACGGAGUGUUAGGUGGUGGAUCAAACUGAGAAGUUUCCUAAAAACGAAACUUCUCCUGUGGCUUUCCAGAAAUAAACACUUAAUUAAAACAUAAAGUAAUCUGAAUUCCUUUUCGGAUGUUAUCUCAGAACGCGUUGUCAGGCUUUAGUGACCCUCUCUGGCUUCCUUAUCUAUCAGUCACGGCGCAGUGACAUCUGUCUAUCAAGUCCCAGUUUAUCAUUGACAGGGGCCGUCUAAUAGCAACCCAUCUUUCAUUAUUAGGCUACUUAUUAACACGCACAAGGAGGUGGACUUCAGCUUGAGCGGGUGUGUGUGUGUGGUGAGGGGGGUUAUCUGCGGGAUGAUACGGACUUGUGUGAGGGUGUCAGAGGGAAGCUGCGGCGCUGAUAGCGGGACGAUAAGUUCCUGCUGCGAGAAGCACAAACGAGGAGAAGAGAAGGUAGAGCGAGCAAGGGAGAGCGGCACUCUUUUCUCUCUCUUGUGGAGUUAAAGUGACUUGGAUUAAUACGCAACAGUUUGUGUCGGAGGAGACGGGUCACGACCUUCUCCAAGCGGCUCUGCUGGACUCUUCAGGUCCAGAGACUCAAAACGGGUCAGAUUAGUUUUCCAACGCCCCUCUCUUUCUUACUCCGUCCCUCCUUCAUUUCUUUCCUCCCUCCCUCCCUCCCCUCCGCCUUUGUCUCUCCUCCCUUCUCUCCUCCCUCUAUCAGUCAGUCAGUCAGUGCGCCCGUUGGCACAGGGAAGAUUGAAAGUGACACACUCUGAUCGGAACCUCGUUCGUCGCCGUCGUUUGUUUCCACGUUUCCACCUUCACUUAUUUUACGCGUCACUCUCUUUCUUCUCCUCUCUGCUCCGAGGAUGAAGCCAUGAGUUCAGAGGAGAUCAGACUCGAACUAAUUCUGAGCUAAGAGACGGACAAACGCGUAAAGACGCAGCAGGCUGCGGUCCCAUGGCUCCAGGACAAAACACCAACUCCGUUUAAACAACUCUCCUCUCCUGCCUCCUACUCUUCCUCUCCACGCUUACAGCCAACUUUGUUUUUCUUUUUCUUUUUUUUUUUUUGUUUUCCUCUGUGGAUCUCCGCUCCGACUUCGAGUCCAGAUUCGUAUCCAGGAGCCGAACCAAAGCUCAGCCCUGGAUUCAAUACUCCUGAUCAAUGGACAGAGCCUCCUUAGCGGCCAGCAGCGCUACAGACACGCCGUAAACAACUCUUUCUCUCUUGCUGGAGCUCCUCUGGGGGUCUGGAGGAGGAUGGAGCGAGGAGGGGAGAGUCCCAUCACACAGGACAGUCCCGAGCGGAGGGGAAGUAGCCCUGAUCUCGGCCUCCCUCCACCAGGGAAGAAGGGCCGCCUGGAGCUCAAUGGGAGCCCGACGGGGCCACGCAUACGCCACAACGGAGCGCCACCAAGACCUCUAGGAGGUUUGAUGAUUCCUGUCUUCUGUGUGGUGGAGCAGUCGGAUGGAGGGAUCCAGACAGAUGGAUGCGAAGGAAGAGAAGAGCACGCCGAGUUUGUCCUGGUCAGGAAGGAUAUUCUCUUCUCUCAGCUGGUGGAGACGGCUCUGCUGGCCCUCGGCUACUCGCACAGCUCAGCCGCACAAGCUCAUGGUAUCAUCAAGGUGGGAAGGUGGAACCCUCUGCCCAUCCACUUUCUGACGGAUGCUCCAGAAGCGACCGUUGCCGACAUGUUGAUGGAGGUUUACCACAUGGUCACGUUACGCAUCCAGCUACAAAGUUUUUCGAAGCUAGAGGAUCUUCCCUGUGAGCAGUGGAACCACGCCACUGUCAGGAAUGCUCUCAAAGAGCUGCUGAAGGAGAUGAACCAAAGCACUCUGGCCAAAGAGUGUCCUCUGUCACAGAGUAUGAUUUCCUCCAUAGUGAACAGCUCCUACUAUGCCAACGUCUCCACUGCCAAAUGUCAAGAGUUUGGCCGUUGGUACAAGAAGUAUAAGAAAAUCAAAGUAGAUUAUCUGGAGAAGAUGUGGUCUGGACGAGACACUGCUGACAUUAAAAUUGAGAGGGACAACGUGGCCGAUUUCUGUGUCCUCGGCCAGAGACCUCCUCCUCCUCAUCUGGCCAGUCUGGCGCAGCUCAGUCACCUGGGAGCCAGCAGCCCCCUCCUCAAAGCUGGAGAUCCGCAGGCAUCCUCCCAGCCACAACCUCCGCAACAACCUCCUCCUCCCCAGCAACAGCCUUCGCCUCACGGCCCCCUCCACCACAGCCCUCCCCUCCGAACAGGGCAGGUGCCGCCUCCACCUCCUCCACCUCCACCUGGAGCUCUGCAGCCCCUGCUGGGUCCAGGUGGGCUGCUCUCUCCUCAACUCUCCCCACAGUUGGUGCGCCAACAGCUAGCCAUGGCCCACCUCAUCAACCAGCAGCUCGCUGUGAGUCGCCUCCUUGCCCACCAGCAUCCACAAGCCCUCAACCAGCAGUUCCUCAACCAUCCACCCAUUCCUCGGGGCUCGUCCAAAGCCGGGGGUGACCAUCCCGGGAGCAACCCCUCAGCUGCCGAAGUCUCCUCUGAAAUCUACCAGCAGGUCAGAGACGAGCUGAAGAGAGCUAGUGUCUCCCAGGCCGUGUUCGCCCGUGUGGCUUUCAACCGCACACAGGGUUUGCUCUCCGAGAUCCUGAGGAAAGAGGAGGACCCUCGCACAGCCUCACAGUCUCUGCUGGUCAACCUGAAGGCCAUGCAGAACUUUCUUAACCUGCCGGAGAGUGAAAGAGAUCGAAUCUACCAGGAGGAAAGAGAGCGCACCAUGAACCCGUCUGUUGGCCUCCCUGCUUCCAACUCAUCCACCCCUGGAGCUCCACGCCUCUCACAGAAAGUGUGGGAGAGGAGCUUGGACGAGCAGAUAACUCCUGAUACCUGGGCCUCCAUCUGGAGGAACAAGACUAAGAUCUCGAACUCUCCUAAGCCUCCUGGCCCAGCACCCGACCUCCCCCUGAAGCUGGAGUCUCUGGUCAACAUUACGUCAGGCAUCUAUGACGAAAUCCAGCAGGAGAUGAAGAGAGCCAAGGUGUCCCAAGCUCUCUUCGCCAAGGUGGCUGCCAACAAGAGCCAGGGUUGGCUGUGCGAGCUGCUUCGGUGGAAGGAGAACCCAAGCCCGGAGAACCGCACUCUGUGGGAGAAUCUGUGCACCAUCCGGCGGUUCCUGGCGCUGCCACAGCCCGACAGAGACCUGGCAUAUGAGGAGGAGUCCAGACACCACCACAGCGAGAGGCUCCACACUGUUCUCCACCUGCCACAAGACCCACAGGCGCUUCAUCGACCACCCCCAGCCCCAAUGAAGGAACAUCGCAUGUCUCCGAUGCGUGAGGACUCGUUAUCGGCCACAGUGAACGAGGAGAGGUCACAGACGGCCGGAGCUGGAGCUGCAGGAGGAUGUCCACCUGGCACGGUUAGCAACGCUGGGAGCAACAAGAAGCCACGAUCGCGUACUAAGAUUUCCUUAGAGGCCUUGGGUAUCCUGCAGAGCUUCAUCCAGGAUGUUGGCUUGUACCCGGACCAGGAGGCCAUCCACACCUUGUCGGCCCAGCUUGACCUCCCCAAACACACCAUCAUCAAGUUCUUCCAGAACCAGCGCUACCACGUCAAGCACCACGGCCGCCUUAAGGAGCUGGGUGAGGGGGCUGCUGCCAGCGGCGGUGUUGACGUCAGCGAAUACCGAGAAGAAGAGCUGCUGUCGGGUUCUGAGGACCCAGAGUCCAGCGAGGACGGAGCUGAGGAGAUCUACCAGACCACAGAGGGGAAUAACGGCAGUGCAGGAGGACCUCCAGCCUCCAAUUCUAGCCAGUCAUCCUCAGGGAACAACCAGGCUCAAGAGGACAGCAAGGACAAGGGCCAUGGCCGACUUGGUGGCCCUCUGGGGCCCGGAAGUUCCUCAUCCAGUCCUAGAGAGCAAGCUGACUACCAGAGGUAGAAACCGACAAACCGAGAGGAGAGGAUAGAGAUGAAGAAGGAAGGACAAGAAACUGGAAAAAAACUAAAUGAUGUGUGAGAGCUGGAUUGUUUCAGGCACAUUGAAUAAAAUAAACCAUGCUGUACAUCCCUGACAAAUGAACAGACAGAAUGUUCACAGUGACAAUGAGUGAAAUUACCUCAGUAAAAGAUUGGCAGCAUGUAGUCGUACAACUGUGAAAGAUUUCCAGUAAAAAAAAAAAGAAAAAAAAGAAAAAGAAAAAAAGAAUUCAAUUAGCAGACGUUUGCUGCUCAAUCCUCCAAACUACGAACAGAAACAAUCCUCUAAUUGUCCUGAAGAGUCAGACAUUUUUGCUCAUCCUCUCUAAACUCAGCACAGUCACACUGAACUUCAUCCCUACAUCCUGGGGGAAUUAGCCACCAAACCAGUGACCUGUACAACCCUCAAAAAAAAAAGAAAGAAAAUCCUCAGGACACAGACACUGAUUAAUGCUAAUUUUACCACAGAAUCACCACCAGUCCUAUCAAGCACUUAACUCUUCACCAAGAUGUGGAUAUGCCACACUCUUGUCUCCCUCUUAGGGCGAGGUUUCAAACUGAUGUCCGACAGAGGAGGUGGACAGUCUGGCAGAAGGACAGCGGAUGUGGCUGAACACCGCCCUACAACAUUUAAAAGACAGAGCAGAGAUUCAACAGCCAAACAAUCGGUCACUUUAUGUGCAGUGGUCCACCUCCUAUCUCUCUAACUGGUGCCCACAGUCUUGUGUUUCACCACACCUGCCCGCACUUAGCCUUCACCAACCCUAUUUAUUGCUAUCUUUAUCCAUGAUUAUUAUUAUCAUUAUUGUUAUUAUUGUUGUUAUUGUGGUUAGUAUUGCUGUCAAAGCGUGCUAUGUUUUUUUGUUUUUUAGUCUUUAUUUCUCUGGUUUUUAAAAUAUUGUUUUUCAGAACCAGGCAGCAAGGGCGGUGGCAAACUUGUUUGGAAGAUAAAAAGAAGCAGUUACUGAGUGUUAUAAAAAAUAAAAAAAUAAAAAUAGGGGGGGAAAGUGUUGUAUUAUAACUUUUUUUAUAGUUCUGUUUCCCAAAAAUAUAAAUAAGAAAAGAGAAAUAGUUAAACAAAGAAGCAAACUUGUGCUUCACUGUUUUUUUUUUGUUUUGUUUUGUUUUGUUUUGUUUGUUUUUUUGUUUUUGUUUUUUUGCUGCAGUUGAUGACAAUCUACUUUUUUGGAGCCAUUAAAGAAUCUUCUUCACUUUUAAUGUCUGUAAAUAUCCCAACAUGGGCAAAAUUGUUAUUGAUAUACUUUUUAUUUUUAUUUUGCUGAGUGACUUUCAAGUGUUUGAGCCAGUUUGGAGACCUGGAGAAAUCAGCUCAUUGUCUAUUGUGCCAGGCGAAUUCAAUUACAAGACUACUUAAAGAGAAUUCAGUCGUUUUUUUAUUUUAUUAUUUUUAUUUUCCACGUCUGGUGCCGUCAUGUAAGUAUACCGUAUGUUUGAAAUGAUAUCUAAGCACGGAUAGCAUCUCUGACUGUCCUGAUCGGCUGCUAUCCUCGAACAGAUGACCUGCCUUUUAGUGAUUGCACUCUGUAUGACGAUAUUGUGCUUUUCUGUAUGACAGGAAUCAGGGUUUGACUCAAAUGCAGUUCCAAUGAGAUCUUAGUUCAUCCAGUGUUGAAGUGAAUUAAAAUUUGUGAAUUAAAUUUUUGCCUGUUUUGGUUUUUUUAAUUAUUA